AUGUCCUCUUCUGCUGCUGACUAUCCUGAACCAACCCCAGACAGACAGGUUGAGCUCGGAGAGAACUACACCCAAAUUCUCAAGGAGAUGACUCAAGUCACCUCAGCAAGUAACAUUGAUUCCAACGAUGUCCACUUGGUUUGUGUUUCCAAGUUAAAGCCUGCCAGCGACAUUUAUUCUCUCUACAAGUACAACAACGUUUGUCAUUUUGGCGAAAAUUAUGUGCAAGAGCUAAUUGAAAAGGCCAAAUUAUUGCCCAAAGAUAUCAACUGGCACUUUAUUGGUUCAUUGCAAACAAAUAAGUGCAAAGAUUUAUCCACCAGGAUUCCUAAUUUGUACUCAGUUGAAACUAUUGACACUAUCAAGAAAGCUAAGAAAUUGAAUGACACCAGAGCAAAUAUUCCCGAUUCCUCUACUAUUAAUGUGUUUAUUCAGAUCAACACAUCUUCAGAAAGUCAAAAAUCAGGAAUUGUAUUUAAUGAUUUAGAAACAGUUUUGGAAUUGUCUAAAUUUAUUCAGAAUGAGUGUCCAAAAUUGCAACUUAAAGGUCUAAUGACAAUUGGCUCUUUUUUAAAUUCGACUUCUAGUAACGAUAAUGAAAUCAAUCAGGAUUUCCAAAAUUUGUCAGAUGUUAAACACUCAGUCGAAAAGGCUUUAGGUUUGGACUUCAAGUUGCAAUUAAAUAUGGGUAUGAGUAAUGAUUUCCACCAAGCCAUUAAACAGGGCUCGAAUUAUAUUAGAGUUGGAAGCAAUAUAUUUGGCCAACGUCCAAAAAAAAAUUAA